AUGUCGCGUCUGCUCGGAUUUAGGUCAUUUUUUGGCAAGCGCGUUGAAGCCGAAGGCGAUAUCGAGGAGGCUCUGGGUCCUGAUGGCGCAAGUCAUGUGUCAGCUACUUCAGGGCCUACUCUACUGCCACGACCAGUUGCAUCUGCUUUGUCAAUCUUGACUCAAUCGACCUCGUUGUCUUUGAAGUUGGGAAGUUUCUUCGGCGGCAUUGCUAUUGAAGGAGCGCGAGUCACGACGCUGACCGGAUUGGAGCUCAGUAGAGCAGUCAUUGAGGGGAUUCUUACAAGAGCUGGGCGAGAUGUUGCUCUUCGAAGCAGUGGAGAGCGUGGGAAAGUGGAGGCGGAAUCGCUACUCGAACGGAGUUUGGCCGCCCUGCACACAACAGUCACCUCCGCCUCGUUCUUUGCAGCCGCAACAUUUCAUUUUUCAUCGACAACGCUCUCAUCCGCUGCACAUGUGUCUCAGGCCCUUUUGUCUACUCUUGACGCAAUACUCGGCUCGACCGAAUCGUCAAGAGCUAUUGCAGCUAUCAUAACGCUUAUUCGACGGGAGUUUAGAAGUCCCAGUGCCGAAAUCGGUACGGACAAUAUCGGUGUCGGCGACCUUCUCGUUGGAACCGUCGGCUUUGCGAUGCUCCAAAGAUGGGGGCGAAAAAGCACUGAGAGGCAUAUGCGCCUCAACGGUGGUUAUGAGACUGUUUGGGAUGUUGUGAUUUUAGACAAUGGCGCAAGGGCCGACGUCAUUGGCACUCAUCCGAUCGAGCCUGCCGAAUAUUCUCGGAGUGCAUUAGGGUCUGCGACUAGACGAUCGUCUUUCAUAUCGCCCGGUAAUGAGGAGGAACGGUUCGAUGCGGUGCAGCGGCCGUCGAGUGUGGUUGAACAUGCUGAAGUGCCGGAAAUGGUGCUUCCAGCUAGCGAUCAACAAGUCUCUGAUGAAGACGUUCGCCUACACAUAAUGAAGCAACUUCCACAUGGUUGUCGUGCAUCAAUCAGAUCCGAUGUGGUCACCACGCGGACCAUAACAGUCGAUAUUUAUGAUGAUGACAAUGCUGAGCUUGCCGCUCCUCCCGGAAUGAUGAUGAUUGAGGAAAGAUUUCACAAUGACAGACCGGAUGAAAACAGUGGUCUUCUUUCUACUAUGAACCAGCUACCCAAGCACACGGUCGUCUUCAGGACUGCUUUCAAUAAGACACAAAAUGCGGAUGUCAGGCCGUCUCUCAGGCCUGAGGCCUUCGAUUCGCGAGAACUUGAGAAUCCAAUAGCUACGAAAAGUCUCCCUGCGUUACCAUCUACCUUGCUUGAUACAACGACGCCAACGGAUAACAAAAAUGAAGCAGAUUCCCAGGCGCGAAUAAGCGACAGCAGAGGGCUGUCCGGUGAGCAGCCCUCAACGACGGAGCAUAUGGAGAGUCUUGAAUAUGACAAGCCUCGUAGUCGCGCCGCACCGGAAUCGAGUUCAGAAGGCUUCUCUUCGGCAGGAGCAGCACGGGAUACCAGGUCGGGUGGCGGUGCGAAAAAGUCUCGUGAAGUUUCCAGCAGUUGCCCUGUGAACGAACUAAGCACAGGGUCUAAAGGGACCUUCGGGAAAGCAUCGCUAACAAGAUUGGCGCAGAAGGUAAAACCAGCUAAUGUAGAGAGAGACGAGACUGGAAAACGGAUAGCACAACGAUCCACUCUCGAUAAGGCCCAGAAAUUUUCGAAAAAUGGGACCCAGCGAAACAAGAUGCAGAAAGGGCCCCUUGUCGACAAGAGAUCAGCCCACCAUGACAUGUCGACAACGCCAACUGCCGCGGAAAGUGCAACCAAGAUGACUGGAUCCCACACGAACAGAACAUUGUUGCCGGUCGCAAACAGAGGCGUACCGAGAUCAGCCAUACAUGACCCACGGCUGCGAAUUUCUCCCAGCCAGACACGUCAAGUACAAACGCCAAGCAGGUCCCAAAGAGAUGCACAGCCUGAUUAUUUCACCGUCCAUGAAGUGAACCAGGAGACUUUCAUCACCAAAUCAGACUCUUUCUCCCUCCGAUCCGCAGGUACACGAGCAAACUCACCAGCCGCUACAAGAACCCAUGUGCGCAGUAGCAGCUCCUUGUCAUUGACGCGAUCAGAGACAGACAUGGCUUUGUCCCUGAGUGCAGAUGGCCGCCCAACGUCGUCGGGUUGGCAGCAGAGGACUACCUCGUUCGCACCAAGUAUAUAUUCCUUAGCAACAGCGGGCUCGGAAACGUCACUCAUACUUGCUCAUCGUGCACGAAUGAGCGCAUACGACGAUAUAGACACUAUCAGAUCGCUAACCCGUGACGGCAGAAUUCCUGGUAUAUUCCCAGAGCAACAUUUUGUACAGAACAUCAGACGCUUCUGCCGAUUCUCCUCAGCUUCGUAUGGAUCAAACGCUUUGAAAGUGAUGGGUGUGACGAGGCAAACGCAGGCUAUUCCUCACCUGGAAUCCGACAACCAGGAGCACUCUGAUUUCUCGGUCCACACGGGACUACCAGCGUCGACAAUCCUCUUGUCGUCGUUCGUUGAUCCGGCGGGCGGAACCAAUGCUGCCGGGGAGACUGACAGCGGUUUCCCUUUGGUUCAUUAUGUAUGCCUGGACCAUGCUUCAAAAGCCGUUGUUCUGACUCUCAGAGGCACGUGGGGAUUUGAGGAUGUUCUCACCGAUAUGACUUGCGACUAUGAUGACCUCGUAUGGCAAGGGAGAAGCUGGAAAGUUCACAAGGGCAUGCAUGCCUCGGCAAAGCGCCUUCUAAUGGGAGGUGGCGGCAGAGUUAUGAUCACCAUCAGGACCGCUCUUGAAGAGUUCCCAGACUACGGCGUAGUGUUGUGUGGCCAUUCCUUAGGGGGUGGCGUUGCCGCACUUCUAGCCACUAUGAUUUCAGUUCCCAACAGCGAGCAAUUUGGAACCUCGUUCGUAACCGCUACGCCUCAGUCUGCCGCACGGCGGAUGCUCCUAGGGAACAACGACGACGAAGACGAAGAGAGCCGUCUUCCCUUCUACCUCCCAACUGGACGUCCAAUCCAUGUCUAUGCGUACGGACCUCCGUCCGCUAUGUCCCCAUUUCUACGCCGUGCAACUCGUGGCUUAAUAACGACGAUCGUCAACGGCCAAGAUGUAGUACCAAGUCUUUCUUUAGGCAUCUUGCACGAUAUGCACGCAGUAUCUGUCGCGUUCAAAAGUGACACCUCCGGAACUAAGUCGCAUGUACGAUACCGAGUUUGGGAAGGUCUAAGGCAAAGCAUUGUUAACAAAUUUUACGUCAACGAAACGCCCAUGCUUCUGCACGCUGGCGAUGGCCUCGGGGAAGACGCCUGGGCGUGGAAAACAUUGAAGGCGCUUCGAGAAGAGAUGUGUGCUCCCAAGUUGCUGCCUCCUGGAGAGGUCUUUGUGGUAGAGACGAUGCGUGUUCUUCAACGCAAUGCUUUUACGUCUGACUUUGGCGGAGACGGCUACCCGAUGCUUGGUCGGCCUGCAACGAGGGUACAGUUGAAGUUUAUCCGAGACGUCGAGUCCCUUUUUGGAGAGUUGAGAUUUGGCUCCGGGAUGUUUAGCGAUCACAACCCAGCAAGAUAUGAGGCCAGUCUGGCGGCACUUGCGCAAGGUAUCCUGGACGAUUGA